AUGGUGUUUGGAGCGAGAGGGACGCGGCACAGACCGACAGCACGGACACGGAACAGCGUCCGAGCAGACACAGCGCGGGCAGAGAGGCAGCGUUAUGGACGCACGGGGUGGGGCCACACGGAGCUCAUUGAACCCUGGGAAGGAGCGAGCAGAGCGGAGGAGCAGGGGCCGAUCGCCUCGUCACGUGGCCGGGUGAGGAGCAGAGGCGUCACGGUGCGGAGCUGUGGAAGUGCGCCCCCGGAGGAUAAAGGUGGAACUGCAGGAUCACCGCGGACACAUGUGGGCUGUGCAACUAAAGCUGUGGGACCUGACUUUUGA